AAUUUUUUUUUCUUCUCUAAUCAUCGGAACUCUACAAUUGAAUUACAAUUAAAAUAAAUUACUCAAAUGAUCAACUCUGUAAAGAUUUUUGGCCAUUGAAUCAUCAUUCUUCAUCUAAAUGUGCCCGUGUUUUUCUUUAUAUGUUUUUCGAUGAUUUUUGUAAAUUGAUUCAUCAUUUUAUGACUUUUUUCCAACCAAGAUCUUCAUUUCUCAUAUUUUUCAUCCGAUCUCUGAGUUCAUCAUCACCUCAUUUAAUAAAGUUCAUCCUUUUUUUCAUCAAAUUCACAAAUUUUAUUAAUCAAUCAAUCAUUAUUUCAAACUUGAAAACAUCAUGAUGGCUCUAGAUACAAGCAGACCAACCAGUUACCGAAAUGACAAUUAUAUUGACCAACAACAAUCUAUUGUUGGUGGUGAUCAAUCGACUGGUGGCAGAGAAAUGAUUACCGGCAGUGGAAAUGCAGCCGUUGUCGCCACUUCCCUUUUAUCGUCAUCAUCAACAACAAAUAAUCCUGCUAAUAAUAAUAAUAAUGAACGCUAUCAUCCACAACAACAACAACAGCCGCAAGGACCAUCUUCAACAUCUCCAUCACAGCAACCACCACCACCACAAUCAUCGGCUGAUAAUUUUACCGAUGAAAAUGAUGUGCAGCUUUUUUGGUAUCCAGACCAAAUGAGCUAUUCCCCAUCAUCCCCAUCUCAAGGUGGUAAUAAUGCGCAACUUUAUCACCUUAAAAUCUUGGUUCCGGCCGUCGCGGCUGGAGCCAUCAUUGGGAAAGGGGGCGAAACUAUUGGCCAACUUCAGAAAGAAACCAACACUCGUGUUAAGAUGUCCAAAUCCAAUGACUUUUAUCCAGGUAGUACCAAUGAGCGUGUAUGCCUGAUUUCUGGGCCGGUUGAAGGAAUCAUACGGAUCAAUGAAUUCAUAAUGGAAAAGAUCAAAGAAAAACCUGAUCCAAAUGCAAAGAUGGCAAUUGAUUUUGACAACAAGCAGCCAGCCGAGAGAGAAAAACAAGUGAAAAUCCUCGUGCCGAACAGCACAGCUGGAAUGAUAAUAGGCAAGGCUGGUACAUACAUAAAACACAUCAAAGAAGAGAGUGGAGCUUACGUACAAAUAUCUCAGAAAUCAUUGGAUCACGCUCUAGCUGAACGCUGUAUCACUGUUAUUGGUGAAUUUGAAUCAAACAAAAAAGCUUGUCAAAUGAUAUUAGCCAAAAUUGUGGAAGAUCCUCAAAGUGGAAGCUGUUUGAAUGUCAGUUAUGCUGAUGUCACCGGUCCGGUAGCUAAUUUCAAUCCAACUGGUUCCCCUUAUGCUAAUGUGUCAAGCUCAAGUAUUGGCAAUUCCAACAACAGCAAUCCGAAUUAUAGUUCUAAUGGCAGUCUGAAUAGCAUGAGCCCAACCUUGAAUAAUUCUUUCAAUGGCACUCAAAACACCAACAGUCCUGGCAAUAUGGUCCAAUUUGGGAAUGUAUUCCAGAACUCACCUUCAGGCUCUCAAACUCAGAUGAUUGAGAAUUUUCGAAGCAUGCUUCGAGCUUGUGGCUAUAGUGAAGAUGCUGUCAACGAAAUCUGUACUGCCAUGGCUACAUUGGCUAAUUAUGGAAUGCUCGGCUUGGGUCUUGGUCUGAAUGGCAUGAUUAAUGGCACUCCGAUUUUAGGGGGAUUAGGAAUGGGAUUGACCACCGGCACUCCAACCAAUAAUUGUGGCAUUCAAAUGAAUCAGAAUACCUUGUUCUCACAAGGAGGUGUUCCUGGCCUUGAUCAAAGUUGUAGCAAUGUUCCUCAGCCUUCUGGAAAUGGUGGCAACAAUUUGUUCGGGCCUGUUGGUUCAGUCGGAAAUUCAUUAUCAGCCAUGGGCAUUACACACGGUUCUUUCACUCAUAAUUCAUCACCUGCAGGUCGUCAAGAUCGUCUUCAUAUGCCAGAUGGCUCUGUGUUUGAGACAUUUCGUUCAUCACCAUCAUUAAGUUCGCCUGGUAAUAAUAAUUCGAAUGUUCAUCCAUCAAUGUCAAUCAAUAACAAUUCAUUCGGUAUUGGUGCAUUGCACAGUCCGAAUUCUAUGCGAAAAAGUCCUACUCCUACUGAUCAAUCUGAUUUGACUCAAAACAAGCUUGAACUUGAGGUUAGUGACAACAUAAUCGGUGCAAUUCUCGGACAUGGCGGCAAAUUAUUAGUUGAAUUACAACGUUCAAGCGGAGCUAAUAUUCAAAUCUCAAAGAAAGGUAUAUUCGCUCCUGGAACUCGUAAUCGAAUCGUUACGAUCAGCGGUUCACAAAACGCCAUUCAAUCUGCUCGUGUGUUGAUCGAACAUCAAAUAAAUGAAGAAGAAUCAAAACGAUCUAAUCAACAACAACAUCCACAACAGAUUACCAAUUUUUUGCGAUAAAUACACACGUCAUCACCACCACAUCACAUUUCCCUUAUAUACAUUAAUUCUUUAAUAUAAAAAAUUUCUUUUCUGUCUCCCUCCAUCCGUCACUAACACUAACAUCUACACACGCCCAUACAUCAACGCCAAUUUUUUUCGAAAACAUCCAGCCAGGGAGAAAAUUCUACAACCAAGAUCUUUAUAGUUAAAUAAGAGAUUAUUAUAUAAAAAUAAAUACCAGUGUUCAUUUUGAUUA